CCUGCGCAGGAAGCGAAGCCGCCCGAGCGGCUAGGGCGGGCCGCGCGCUGCCUGCAGAGACCGUUGGUCUGGGCUCCAUGGCGGCGGCCGCGCCCGCGGAGGCGGCGGCGCUGGAUCCUAGCGGGCUCUCGCCGAAGGAAGAAGGGGAGUUGGAAGACGGCGAAAUCAGCGAUGAUGAUAACAACGGCUUCGGGCCCUGCGGCGGCGGCGGUUCCGAGCCCGGCGGCGGCCUCGUCAGCAGCAGGCCUUACUCGAGGCGCAGGCCGCCUCCCGGCCUCCGCGGGGGCAUCUCCCUCUCCUCCUCCUCUGGCCGGCCCUUCUCCCGCUCGCGGCACCAGCCCCCGCCGGAGAUGGGGCACCCGCACGGCCAUGGCGGGUACCGGCCCAAGGACUCGUUCCGCUCCCAUCCGCCACCCAUGCCGGCGCCGCGGAUGUCGGCGGGCUCGCAUUCCGAGACGGGCCCCCGGCUCUCCUUUUGGGAGCGCAGCCACAAUGCCCUGGACCGAUUCCGCUUCCGAGGCCGGCCCUACAGGGGCGGGGGGCGCUGGGGUAGGAGUCGAGGCGACGGUGAUCGGGGGGGCAACCCUCCGGGGAGACCGCCUGGAGGGGGAGGCGGGGCCGGAUUCAGUAGCAGCCAGGGCUGGAGGGAACCCUCGCCUCGAAAAUCCAAAACUUUUGGAAGGUCCCCAUCUAGAAAGCAGAACUACUCUUCUAAAAGUGAAAACUCUGUGGAAGAAAGUUUUGAGGAUCUGCUCUUGAAGUAUAAGCAGAUACAAUUAGAGCUUGAAUAUAUUAAUAAAGAUGAAAGACUGGCUUUGAGCAACAGGGAAGAAAGUGAACAACAAGAUGAUGAUAAAACAGUGGACACAGAGGACCAAAUAACUGUAGAAAAUGACAGUAUUACAACAGAUGCUAUAAAAGAAGUAUCUCCUGAGGAGAAAAAUCCGGUUAUAGCCUUUCAGGCUUUUGAACUGAAACCACUCAGACAAAAACUGCCUACUCCAGCUGAGAGGAGCAGAUUAAAAAAAGGCAAAGAAGGAACAAAACAGUCCUCACAAAAAUCUGAAGUCACAGAUUCUGGCCAAGGUACAGAAGACAAAGAACAAACAUCAGUGAGAAAGUUUAGCAGUUCAGAUGUUACAUCUGAAAAGAAGCUGCUUGAUGAUGAGGAAGAGAUGUCUGAAUUGCAACUUAGGCUUCUUGCACUUCAGUCUGCUAGUAAAAAAUGGCAGCAAAAAGAACAACAGGUGAUGAAGGAAAGCAAGGAAAAAUUAACAAAAACGAAAAGUGUAACUCAGAAAGUCAAAGCCAGUACAAAAGCACAUUCAACGAAAAAACCUAGUGCUACAGCCAAGCAAGCUUUGAGGAAACAACAGACAAAGACAUCAAAGAAGAUGCAGCAGCAAAAGGAACAAGACAGGCGUCAGAAAGAGGAAGACCAGAGGAAACAAGAAGAGGAAGAGGAGAGAAGAAAGAGAGAAGAAGAAAUCAGAAAAAUUAGGGAUCUCUCAAACCAAGAAGAGCAGUACAAUCGAUUUAUGAAGCUAGUUGGAGGAAAGAGGAGAUCGAGAAGCAGGUCUUCAGAUACAGACUUGCGAUGGUCUUUGGAUAAGCAGACUACAGAUAGUGCAGGAGGCAUAUAUCAGUAUGAUAAUUAUGAUGAAGUCGCUAUGGAUACAGAUAGUGAAACUAACUCUCCAGCUUCUUCUCCAGUGCAGCCUCCUUUCUUUGAGUGUCCGAUAGGAUAUUUUCCACCUCCUGUACCACCGAUUUCCUUGACCUUGCCACCUCCAAUACCACCUAUACCGUCUUUGAGCCAACUCUACACGGAGGGUAUUUCUUGUAUUUCUCUUGAGCCACCUCCACCUCUUCCACCUCUUCCCCCUGAAGAGCCUGAACAGCCACCAAAACCUCCAUUUGCUGAUGAGGAAGAGGAGGAGGAGAUGCUCUUAAGAGAAGAAUUGCUCAAGUCUCUAGCCAACAAACGAGCUUUCAGAUCUGAGGAAACUUCAAGUAACAGUGGUCCACCUUCCCCUCCUGUUCCAGAUAAUUUGCAGUCUCUGCCAAGAAGCAACCUGUCUGCUGUCAGUAUUAAUACCGUGUCUCAGCCACGGGUACAAAAUACAAAGUUUAUUAGAGUACCGAGGCCUCCACGAGCAGUGAUCACACUUCCAAAGCACAAGUCUGUUGUGGUUACAUUAAAUGACUCUGAUGAUAGUGAGUCUGAUGGAGAGCCGUCUAACUCAACUAGCAGUGUGUUUGGAGGACUAGAAUCUAUGAUAAAGGAGGCAAGGAGAAAUGUUGAGGCCUCAAAAAUCAAAGCCCCUCCAAAAUCAGAAAAAGAAAAUGAUCCAAUGAGAACUCCAGAGGCUCUACCAGAAGAUAAAAAGAUAGAAUACAGGCUCUUAAAAGAAGAGAUUGCCAGUCGUGAGAAGCAACGCUUAAUUAAAUCUGAUCCACUGAGAAACAAUUCAUCCCCUGCAAAUUCUGAUGGUGAAGUUGAUGGAAUUGGGAGAAUAGCAGUAGUGACAAAACAAGUCACAGAAGCAGAAGCAAAGCUGAAGAAGAAUAGACUUCUGUUGAUGAAGGAUGAAUCUGUCUUGAAACAUUUGUUGCAACAAGAGGCCAAGAAAAGAGAGAAUGUUCGAAUUGCUGAAAAUAAAAUUAACAAACUGGCUGAACAGCUACAAGCAACAGAGAAGAUCUUGAAUGCUAAUAAGAUGUUUCUCAAGAAGCUUCAGGAACAAAUUCAUAAAGUUCAACAACGAGUUACAGUAAAAAAAGCUCUGGCAUUAAAAUAUGGGGAAGAACUUGCUCGAGCAAAAGCAGUAGCAAGUAAGGAAAUUGGGAAACGAAAACUGGAGCAAGAUCAUCUUGGACCAAGCAAAAUGUUGAAAUUGGAGAACUCCCCUGCAUCAAGUCCAAAAAAACAUUCAGCAGAAUUGAUUGCACUAGAGAAAAAACGACUACAGCAACUAGAGUAUGAAUAUGCUCUAAAGAUUCAGAAAUUGAAAGAAGCCCGUGCACUUCAAACCAAGGAACAAUCGAAUAUUGUACCUCAUGCAGAAGAGGAGUCUGAAUUUGCAUUACCUCAGCCAUCACUUCAUGAUCUUACACAGGAUAAAUUGUCUUUGGACAGUGAAGAAAAUUACUUUGAUGAUGAAGUUCUGUCUAAUUCAAACAGAGAACGAAGGAGAUCUUUCAGAGAGUCUAAUUCUUUUACUAAACCAAAUCUUAAACACGUGGACACUCCAAAACAAGAAACUAUAAACAAACUUUCUAAAAAGGCAUCAGAGGAGCCUGAGCUGUUUCUUGGGUUGAAUAUUGAUGAGCUGAAAAAACUUUAUGCUAAAGCUGACAGCUUGAAAGAGCUGCUAGUGAAAAGUACUGCCUUUAUAGUACCUAAGGAAGAUUUGUUGUGUGGUCAGGAAAUUUCAGUGGACAUGGAUUUUGUUAUGUCACAGAAUAAGCAAAUUGAAGUUAAACCAUUUCCAUUUGGACCAUAUCAUAGUCCUCUUCUAGCAUUUAAAUCCUACAGGUUCAGUCCGUAUUUUCGAACCAAGGAAAAACUGUACCUCAGUUCAGUAACGUAUAGCAAUAUGAUUGAGCCAAAACAGUGUUUCUGCCGUUUUGAUUUAACAGGCACAUGUAAUGAUGAUGACUGUCAGUGGCAGCACAUGAAAGAUUGCACUCUUAGCCGUAAGCAGCUGUUUCAGGAUAUUCUGUCUUACAAUUUAGAGCUGAUUGGCUGUUCAGAAAAAAGCACUGAUGAGGAAAUCAGCACUGCCACAGAAAAAUAUGUUGAAAAACUUUUUGGUAUAAACAGAGACCGUAUGUCAGUGGAUCAGAUGGCUGUUCUUCUGGCCAGCAAUGUCAAUGAGAGUAAAAGUCACACACCUCCAUUUACAACAUGGAAAGAUAAGAGGAAAUGGAGACCAAAGUACUGGAGAAAACCGCUGUUAGACAGUAGCAGCAGUGAAGAGGAACAGUUUGUUGGACCUAUUAAAUAUGCCCAUCCCACAGAACAUAAAAAAAGAGUUCCAGCUCUUGAUGCUGUAGUGACUCCAGAUGAUGUCCGGUAUUUUACAAGUGAGACUGAUGACAUUUCCAACUUGGAGGCAAGUGUCCAAGAAAACCCCUGUGAUGUACAGCUUUGGAUUAAACUUGCGUACAAAUACUUGAAUCAAAAUGAAGGCUCAUCAUCUGAAUGUUUGGAUUCUACUUUAAAUGUUUUGGCUCGAGCCCUUGAGAACAACAAAGAAAACCCUGAAAUUUGGUGUCAUUACCUCAGACUCUUCUCAAAAAGAGGAACCAAGGAGGAGAUACAGGAAAUGUGUGAAACAGCGGUAGAAUAUGCUCCCUCCUAUCAAAUCUGGUGGACCUUUUUGAAUUUGGAGAAUUCCUUUGAUGGAAAAGACUACAUUUGUGGGAGGAUGCUACAGUUCUUAAUGGAAGUGACGGGGGGAGAAGAAAAUCCAAAUCUCCUGUCUUUUCAGCUGCUGGAGACUCUGCUGUACAGGGUUCACUUAAGCCUGUUUACAGGAAGGCAUCAGAAUGCUCUUGUUCUGCUGCAGAAUGCUUUAAAAUCAGCAAAUGAAAAGAUACCAGAACGCCUUACUGUAAGUGACCGUUGCUUGGCUUGGCUGGUUUACAUACAUCUAACUGAAUUUGGCGUUCUCCCAGUCAAGUUCUAUGAUCCAGCUAAUGUCAAUCCUUCAAGGAUCAUGAACAAAGAGCCAUUUUUAAUACCAUGGCAAACAAUUCAAGAUGUGAAGACUGAUCCUGACACACUGUUAGCUAUGUUUGAAGAUGCGGUUAAAACAUGUACUGAUGAAAGCCUUGAGGCUGACAGAAGAAUAGCUAUCUGCUUUCCUCUCUACAGAAACAUGAUAGCUUUGCUGAAGCUUCUUGAAAGGUGGGAUUCUGCUGCAGAACUUUGUAGAUCUUUAUUGGAGCUCUGCCCUAAUAACUGUCAGCUCUUGGAGAGUUUGGCCACCUUGUAUUUGCAGAUGGACCAGAGUGACAAUGCCUACAAAGUGUGGAUUGAAGCUUUUGAGAAGAAUCCUCAGAAUGCAGAAAUUUUUUAUCAAUUAUGUAAAUUCCUUGUUUCACAGGAAAGGUCAAGCAGUAUUCUUCCACUGUUGCAAGAUUUUGUGGCAGCUUUCUUUGAGAAUACAUGUCAACAGCAUGGUCCCAUGGAUCUCUUAAGAUAUCUCUUGAAUUUUCCAAUGCCAAUUGAAUUUACGUCACCUCUCUAUAAAGAACAUCUUACAGAUGAUGUUGUAAACCAGCAAAUCCCAUAUCUGUGGCAGAUCUACUGUUUGUGCCAGUCUCUUCAUGCAAGUGUUGGUGAAGCACUGGAUGCUUAUGAAGCAGCUCUGGGAGCAGUGAUGCAGCAGGAAACUGUUCAGAACAUCUGGCUGGAUUAUCUUGUUUUUAUCAGUAGCAAAGUUGUUGGAUCCAACAACAAAGUUCAAGAAUUCAAGCUUUUUACUGACCUAGUGAACAGAUGUCUGGUUACAGUCCCCACACGAUACCCAAUUCCUUUUAGUACUGCUGAUUAUUGGACCAAUUAUGAGUUUCAUAAUAAGGUUAUUCUUUUUUAUUUGAGCUGCAUUCCAAAAUCUCAACAUUCCAAAACCUUGGAACGGUUUUGUUCUACUAUGCCUGCUAAUCCUGGACUUGCACUGAGACUGCUUCUGCAAUACUGGGAGGAGAGCAAUGUUCAAAUUCUGAAACUGCAAGCCAAGAUGUUUACAUAUAAUAUCCCAACAUGCCUGGCCAUCUGGAAAAUAGCCAUUGCUGCCGAAUGCUUUCUAAUGGGACAAAGAGAAGUCCAUCAUUUAUAUCAAAGAGCCCUUCAGAAGUUACCUCUAUGUGCAACACUGUGGAAAGAUCAACUCUUGUUUGAAGCAUCAGGAGGAGGUAAAACUGAUAACCUGAGAAAACUAGUUUCCAAGUGCCAAGAGGUUGGAGUCAGCCUAGAUGAGCUUUUAAAUUUAAACACUUACAGAACAGAAAGCAAGAAUCACUGAACGCUGGGUACGGUCAGCCAUAAGUCCUAUUAAAUGCCAAAAUCAGUUGAAUGAUUCUUCAGGCUGAUCCAUGCCUAAGAUCUGUGUAAGGCAGAUGAGUAUUGCUGAGCAUAUCGAGUCUCCAGUCUGCUUUCCUUGAACCUGGAAACAAUUAACAUGACCCUCCUCUGGAAAAAUGAACUCCCUGUCUGGCCUUGCUUCUGGGCCCUGCCAGAUUCUCAUAACGUCAUCUACGUAAGUAUAGUUAAUCAAAAUGACAGACAUUAUUUUUUUAUGUUUUCUUUUUAUUUUCUGUUUUCUUUGUUUUGCUGUUCCUGAUUCACUUGACACUCUCGCUGAUGCCUGAGAGAUCUGUGUUUGGGAUUAAUUUACUGGGCUGUGUUUACAGUAAAAAGCAAGUAGUCCAUUUUGGGUUUUUCCUUUUUUAAACCUUUUUUGAGACUUUUUCAUUGCAGGAUUUAAAACAAAAGCAGCCGCUCUUAAGGAAAGUGUAACUGCCGUGGCCACAAGUAUGCUUCUUGCACUUGAAGGCUCUAAGAGGGUUGCUUACUGCCCUUUUCUGCAUUGGACUCACGGCAGAGACUAUUAAACUUGAAGAUUAAAGAAACUAUUGCAAAUGCCAGUGCAUCAGAACCUAAGAGUGGUCAAUUAUGUGCAAUUUUUUGUAAAGAAAUUUUAAUUUAUAAUAAAGUUUAACAGUUUAAAGGAA